GACUGUCAAUCGUAUCUGGAAACCAUGGCGGAAGUUCCAAUCGUGCUAGAUGGAGGAACCGGCUUUUUAAAGGCUGGCUACGCAGGCCAGAACUUCCCCGACCACCAGUAUCCUUCGAUAGUCGGCCGACCGAUUCUACGAUCCGAAGAGCGCGAUGGAGACAUUGUAGUCAAGGAUAUAAUGUGUGGCGACGAGGCAGCCGCAGCGCGCUCCAUGCUUCAAAUCACAUACCCCAUGGAAAAUGGUAUUGUUAGGCGAUGGGACGACAUGCAACAUCUUUGGGACUACACUCUGUUUGAGAAGAUGCGCCUGGAUCCAACAGGCCGCAAGAUUCUCCUGACCGAGCCCCCCAUGAAUCCCCUUAAGAACCGAGAGCAGAUGUGCGAGGUUAUGUUUGAGCGCUACAACUUUGGAGGCGUGUACGUGGCUAUACAGGCUGUCCUUGCGCUGUACGCGCAGGGUCUAUCGUCGGGAGUCGUGGUCGACUCUGGCGACGGUGUCACCCAUAUUGUUCCGGUCUACGAGAGCACAGUUCUAAACCACCUCACACGGCGUCUGGAUGUCGCAGGUCGCGAUGUUACGAGAAACUUGAUCUCCCUCCUGCUGCGAAGGGGUUAUGCCCUCAACAGGACCGCCGAUUUCGAGACCGUGCGACAAAUCAAAGAGAAGCUCUGCUAUGUAUCGUACGAUCUCGAAUUAGACCAGCGUCUAAGCGAAGACACAACAGUCUUGGUGGAGUCUUACACGCUGCCAGACGGUCGCGUCAUCCGGGUUGGAAGUGAACGCUUUGAGGCUCCCGAAUGCUUGUUCCAGCCCCACCUGGUAGAUGUUGAACAACCUGGCAUCGCCGAGUUCCUGUUCAACACGAUCCAGUCCGCCGACGUGGAUGUAAGAAGCAGUUUGUACAAGGCCAUUGUGUUGAGCGGAGGAAGCAGCAUGUACCCUGGUCUGCCCAGCCGGUUAGAGAAGGAGUUGAAGCAGCUAUGGCUCACCAAGGUGCUGAAAGGAGAUCCCGAACGUCUCAACAAAUUCAAGGUCCGCAUUGAAGAUCCGCCGCGACGUCGGCACAUGGUAUUCCUGGGUGGUGCUGUGCUCGCUAACAUUAUGGCCGACAAGGAAAGCAUGUGGAUAUCAAAGCAGGAGUGGGAGGAGCAAGGGGUUCGAGCAUUGGAAAAGCUCGGUGCGCGAUGA